CUGGGCCGUGUUGGCCAAUGACAUGUGCUUUGCAUGCAAGGCUGGCAUGAGCGUUACGAAUAAUCAAUGAACAAAUAUAUCGAACCACUUUUCUUCCUCCUAUUUAUAAGACAAAAAACUUCUACGCCAAUCUACUCUUGCCCUCCCUCACUUUACUACCUGGAACAAGAAGAACUAAGCGAGACAAAUCAUGGGUUUGCAGGAGGAAUUCGAAGAGUAUGCUGAGAAAGCCAAGACCCUGCCAGAAACUACAACAAAUGAGAACAAGCUUAUCCUCUAUGGGCUAUACAAGCAAGCCACUGUUGGUCCAGUGAACACCAGUCGUCCUGGAAUGUUUAACAUGAGAGACAGAGCAAAAUGGGAUGCGUGGAAGGCUGUUGAAGGGAAAUCCAGUGAAGAAGCAAAGAAUGACUACAUCACCAAGGUUAAACAGCUGCUGGAAGAGGCUGGUGCAUCAUCUUAGUGCCUCCAUACCAUGUAUGCUAUUUAUGAACAAUUGCAUCUUAUGUGAGGAUAUUGAAAUAAAUUGAAACAGACGUUCCUCAUCUGUAACAUGGUAUUGUUAUUUAUUAUCUUAAUUUUUAUGUGGACA